CCCGGCUAAGCCUGCGCGGGGCUGCCUCGGUGGCUCCCAGCUUCGCAGGCCGCCUGCGGGUCCUGUGCGCCGCGUCCGCGGCUCGAGGCGAACGCAGAAGCUAACCCGAGGCUCGGCGGCCGGCGCGGAUCUCGGAACAUGGCAACCUGUGCGUGGCUCUUCCUGCAAGAUGACUUUAGUCACUGCGAUGCCUAAGGAUCAAGUGUGACAUUUCUCUAGGUACUUGAUGGUGUUCUCCUGCAUCCUCUCCUCACCACUGCUCUACACGGCUCCUAAAACAUGGGGGAAAACGAGGACGAGAAGCAAACCCAGGCCGGGCAGAUUUUCGAGAACUUUGUCCAGGCUUCCACGUGCAAAGGCACCCUCCAGGCCUUCAACAUCCUCACGCGACACCUGGACCUAGACCCUCUGGACCACAGAAACUUUUAUUCCAAGCUCAAGUCCAAGGUGACCACCUGGAAGGCCAAAGCCCUGUGGUACAAAUUGGACAAGCGUGGAUCCCACAAAGAGUAUAAGCGAGGGAAGUCUUGUAUGAAUACCAAGUGUCUCAUUGUUGGGGGAGGACCAUGUGGUUUGCGCACUGCCAUUGAACUUGCCUACCUAGGGGCCAAAGUGGUUGUGGUGGAGAAGAGGGACACCUUCUCCAGGAACAAUGUGCUGCACCUCUGGCCUUUCACCAUCCAUGACCUACGGGGACUGGGAGCCAAGAAAUUCUACGGGAAGUUCUGCGCUGGCUCCAUUGACCACAUCAGUAUUCGUCAGUUGCAGCUCAUCCUAUUCAAGGUGGCCCUGAUGCUGGGCGUUGAAAUCCACGUGAAUGUGGAGUUUGUGAAGGUUCUAGAGCCUCCUGAAGAUCAAGAAAAUCAAAAAAUCGGCUGGCGGGCAGAAUUUCUCCCUGCGGACCACGCUCUGUCGGACUUUGAGUUUGACGUCAUCAUUGGCGCUGAUGGCCGCAGGAACACGCUAGAAGGGUUCCGAAGAAAAGAAUUCCGUGGGAAGCUGGCUAUUGCGAUCACCGCCAACUUCAUAAACAGAAACAGCACAGCCGAAGCCAAGGUGGAAGAGAUUAGCGGGGUGGCUUUCAUCUUCAACCAGAAGUUUUUUCAGGACCUUAAAGAAGAAACAGGGAUUGAUCUGGAGAACAUUGUUUACUACAAGGACUGCACCCACUAUUUCGUCAUGACUGCCAAGAAGCAGAGCCUGCUCGACAAAGGUGUCAUCAUUAACGACUACAUCGACACGGAGAUGCUGCUGUGUGCGGAGAAUGUGAACCAGGACAACCUGCUUUCCUACGCCCGUGAGGCUGCAGAUUUCGCCACCAAUUACCAGCUGCCAUCAUUAGACUAUGCUAUGAACCAUUAUGGGCAGCCCGACGUGGCCAUGUUCGACUUCACCUCCAUGUACGCCUCCGAGAACGCGGCCUUGGUGCGCGAGCGCCAGUCACACCAGCUACUCGUGGCCCUGGUGGGCGACAGUCUGCUUGAGCCAUUUUGGCCCAUGGGCACAGGCUGUGCCCGAGGCUUCCUGGCAGCCUUUGACACGGCAUGGAUGGUGAAAAGCUGGGACCAGGGCACCCCUCCCCUGGAGCUGCUGGCCGAAAGAGAAAGUCUCUAUCGGCUGUUACCUCAGACUACCCCAGAGAACAUCAACAAGAACUUUGAGCAGUACACGUUGGACCCAGGGACACGGUACCCAAAUCUCAACUCUAACUGUGUCAGGCCCCAUCAGGUGAAGCAUUUAUACAUCACUAAGGAGCUGGACCAGUGGCCUCUCGAGAGGCUGGGCUCAGUGAGGAGAUCCGUGGGCCUCUCCAGGAGGGAGUCCGACAUCCGGCCCAGCAAGCUCUUAACCUGGUGUCAGCAGCAAACCGAGGGCUACCAGCACGUCAAUGUCACCGACCUGACCACAUCCUGGCGCAGCGGCCUGGCCCUGUGUGCCAUCAUCCACCGCUUCCGGCCUGAGCUGAUCAACUUUGACUCUCUGAAUGAAGACGAUGCCGUGGAGAACAACCAGCUGGCAUUUGACGUGGCUGAGCGUGAGUUUGGUAUCCCCCCAGUGACCACAGGCAAGGAGAUGGCGUCAGCCCAGGAGCCUGACAAGCUCAGCAUGGUCAUAUACCUCUCCAAGUUCUACGAGCUCUUCCGGGGCACCCCGCUGAGGCCUGUGGAUUCUUGGGGCAAAAACUAUGGAGAAAAUGCUGACCUCAGCUUGGCCAAAUCCUUCAUUUCUCACAACUAUCUCAACCUCACGUUUCCGAGGAAGAGGACCCCGCGAGUGGACGUCCAAACUGAAGAGAGCGACAUGAACAAACGGAGGCGGAGAGGCUUCAACAACCUGGAUGAGCCUUCAACCUUUUCCAGCCGGAGCCUGCGCUCCAGUCAAGAGUGCGGCAGCAAUAAAGAAGGUGGAAAUCAGAACAAAGUCAAGUCCAUGGCAAGUCAGCUGCUGGCCAAGUUUGAGGAGAACUCUCGGAACCCCUCGCUCGUGAAGCAGGAAUGCCGCAUCUCAGGGAUAGGUAAGCCUGUCCUGCGCUCUUCCUCUGACCCACCUGUUAACUCUCGCUGCCCCCGGCCGGAGGAGCCCACACCCGGCCCAUCACCUCCUCUGAAAAGGCAGUUCCCCUCGGUGGUUGUGACGGGGCACGUGCUCCGAGAGCUAAAGCAAGUGUCUGCUGAUUGCGAGUGCCCGAGCAGACCCUGGAGAGCCAGAGCCAAGUCUGACCUGCAGCUGGGUGGGCCAGGAAGCUCUCCUGCUCUGCCCCCUGCCUGCCAGGGAGCGCUGGCCCUUUCCGGGGUGCUGCGGCGGCUGCAGCAAGUGGAGGACAGGAUUCUCCAGAAGAGGGCUCAGAACUUGGCCAACAGAGAAUUUCACAAAAAGAACAUUAAGGAGAAGGCGGCUCACCUCGCCUCCAUGUUUGGACAUGGGGAUUUCCCACAGAAUAAACUACUUUCUAAAGAUCUGUCUCCCGAGCACACUCCAGCUUCUCCCUCCUGCCUUCCAUCUCCUGAUCCUGCUGCUACUUCCUCUCCAUCGACUGUUGACUCUGUUUCUCCUGCCAGAAAGGCAAAGAAGUCACCUUCAGGUUUCCAUUUCCAUCCCAGCCACUUAAGAACAGUGCGGCCUCAGCUGACGGUAGGGAAAGUGUCCAGCGGAAUAGGGGCCGCGGCUGAAGUCCUGAUCAAUCUGUACAUGAAUGAUCACAGACCUAAGACCCAGGCCACCUCUCCAGACCUGGAGUCUAUGCGGAAGGUGUUUCCCCUGAACCUGGGCGGCAGCGACACCUGCCACUUCUGUAAGAAGCGCGUGUAUGUAAUGGAGAGGCUGAGCGCAGAGGGCCACUUCUUCCACCGCGAGUGUUUCCGCUGCAGUGUCUGUGCCUCCACCUUGCGCCUGGCCGCCUACGCCUUCGACAGCGACGAAGGCAAGUUUUUCUGCAAGUCUCAUUUCAUUCACUGUAAAGUCAACAGUCAGCAGAGGAAGAGACGGGCAGAGUUGAAGCAACAAAGAGAGGAGGAGGGAACGUGGAGAGAGCAAGAGGCCCCUCGGCGGGACACUCCUGUGGAAAGUUCUUGCGCGGCCGCCGCCAUUGGCACGCCUGAAGGCAGCCCUCCAGCAGAUGAGCCAACCUCCCCCAAGAAGCCCAAGAGUGUUCUGGAGCCAGAGCCCAGUGAUGUGGAAGGUGGAGCCAUCUCUCUCCUGCCUUCUGAGUGGACCUCAGUGAGGAUCAGCCCUGGGGAGGACGUAGUUGGACAAGACAUGAUGGCCGUGUGUGUGCUGGUCAACAGUGAUGACAGCAGCUCUGAGGCAGAGCCAGACUGCAGCGGCAGCGAGGCCUCCAGUGCAGAGCCCCGUGAGGAAAGGCCCCGGCGGCCAGAGCCCCCACCCCUACCGCAGUCCCUCACCAGGCACAGCUCCCUGAGGGAGGCCCCGACCAGAGAAGCCUCUCCACACUGCCCUGAGGAGCCCCAAGCUGUGCAAGCUCUGCUCCGGGCCAAUAGCUUCCAGUCUGUAACUCCCAACAAAUACCAGAGCUGCAGAAGAAAAUUCCAGUCCAGUUCGACACCAGUGAACAACAGAAGAACCAUGUCACCUUCAGAGGAAGCUGCCCCUCUUUCUUCUUCCUCAUUGUUUUCUUCUUCAUCUUCUCCUCCAUCUUUGUCUUCAGGCGGUGUCCCAGGGAAUGUCCUGGAUGGCUUCUCCCCACCUCAGGUGAUAGAUUACAACCUACCCUCGCAGGUCUCAAGAGGUCACUUCAGCCCUUCUACCCCAAUCUUUCUGAGGCGCGCCAGAGCCCAGGCAGCACCCAAGGACAUGCACCUGUAUCUGCCUCAUGACCAAGUGCUGGAGCGGGCGGAGUACUGCAUGGUGAGGCCCCAGACACCCAGCCCUGCAGAGACGGCUUCUGAUGGGUGUCAGGAAACAGAGUCCCUUCUUGGGGAUGCCAGAAGCAUCCACGGAGGCCCACACCCCACUGGAGGGAAGGACAGGUGCUUGCCAGACCAAGAGCUAUCCCCCGGGGCUGGAGAGGACCCAGGAGAAAGGAAAACAGAAUCUGGAAGGAGAGAGGAGGGUGGGUCACAGCUGACAGAGGGGAAGAGACUGGGCUUGAAGAAGUUAGUCCUCACCCCGGAGCAGAAGACAAAGCUGCUGGACUGGAAUGACUCCCUCCCUGAGAGUGUGAGCCUGGAAGCUGGGGCACAACCUGCCCAGAAAAGUGCUGACAGUGGUCGACGAGGCCAUGUGCUGAAACCAGUCAGCCCCUUGCUGCUCCCCUGGACAGCACGAGAGACCCCACCAGCCCAGGGAAAGGCUCAGGAGAAGACGGGGACCCCAGCUGAACGGGCUCCAGGGGAGCCAAGCGUCCCUCCACCCAAGUCCCCACUUCGGCUCAUAGCAAAUGCCAUCCGAAGGUCCCUGGAGCCCCUCCUCCCCAGCUCCACCAAGCCAGAAUCAAAGCCCUUGCCCACCACCCAGCCACACUCCUGCACUCGCUCGUUCAGCCUUCGAAAAACCAGCUCCGGUAAAGACUGCAGCCAGCAGUCCCCAGGGAGAGACAUGGCACGCAGGACCUCAGCCUUCUUCUCCUGGGGCUCCCCACCCGCCAGGGCUGCCCAGCCUCCGCACCCUCGCCUUCCUGACCCUGCCCUCCGUACCCACAGUUUGCCCAACCGGCCAUCCAAGGUGUUUCCUGCAUUAGUGUCCCCAUCCUGCCACAAGAUGGAAGAUGUCCCCACACUCCUUGAGAAAGUGAGUUUGCAGGAGACCUUCCCAGAUGCUUCCAGGGUUCCAAAGAGGAAGAUCUCACUCUUCUCCUCACUCAGACUCAAAGACAAAUCUUUUGAGAGUUCCUUCCAAGAAUCCAAACAAAGAAAGGACCUCCAGGACCUCUUUAGCAUCGGCAGGGGCAAAGGGGAGCCCGUGGACAGUGCCCAGCCCCUGGAGAAGCUGGCACAGCCUUUCACUAGCACCUGCCUGGAGCAGAGAGUCCAUCCUUCUCCAGACAAAGAUGCAAGUCCCAAACACACCCCUAUCCGAGUGCAGGUGACAGGGGCCGCCUCUUCUACCUCUCCCACCGGCUCCUCCUCUGGAGACGAAGAGUUUCAUCCCCAGCCUUCGUUGCAGUCAAAGGAGAGGGAGACACUUAGAAGAAGGAAGCUGGAGAACGCAAUAAAACAAAUGGUGAAGCAAGAAGAAUUGAAAAGACUUCAUAAAGCUCAGGCCAUCCAGAGGCAGCUGGAGGAGCUGGAGGAGCGGCAGAGGGCUUCUGAGAUCCAAGGCGUGAGGCUGGAGAAGGCGCUGAGGGGGGAAGCAGAUUCAGGCACACAAGAUGAAGCACAGCUUUUGCAGGAAUGGUUUAAGCUGGUUCUGGAGAAGAAUAAAUUAAUGCGAUAUGAGUCGGAGCUACUGAUCAUGGCCCAAGAAUUAGAACUGGAAGAUCAUCAAAGCAGACUGGAACAGACAUUAAGAGAAAAAAUGCUCAAGGAGGAGAGCCAGAAAGAUGAGAGCGAUCUGAACGAGGAGCAAGAAAUACUCAGCGAGAUGAUGCAAGUAAUUGAACAAAGGGACAGACUCGUGGACUCCUUAGAGGAACAGCGCAUAAAAGAAAAGGCUGAAGACCAGCACUUUGAAAGCUUCAUAUUCUCCAGGGGCUGUCAGCUGAGUAGGACGUGAGCAGCCCAAGGCGCUGGCCCUGGAUGCUGGCUGAGGAUCAGGCCGGGCACACCUCACUCACUCACGGUUCCUUGGCAGGAUUUGCCAUACGUGGAACUUAAGUGACGCCCUAUUGCAAUUUCUUCUUAAAAUUCUCCCAUAUGGAGUACAGCUGCCCAAGACCCUUCCAGAGAUUAUAAUGACGAAUAGACAAAGAUGGUUAGGGAAUUGGCAGUCACUUUGGCACGUCUCACAUUGGAAGUGACCUUGGCAGAUGACCAGCAUUGUUUUCCCUGGAAAGUGACACAGGGAUCGACUUUCCUGCUGUUUUUAUCAUUUAUCUCCCCAAUUCAUUGAGUUACACAUCUUAAGAUUUUUACAAAGCUGCCUUUUCAUUAAUAUAUCCAUAUUUGCCCUUUUUUUUUUUUUUGCAUGGAUGACCGGUUUCCAAAUGUCAGAAAGAAGCAGCCACAGUUUAAAGAUUAGGUUAAUAUUUAAAAAUUGUGUUUCCAGAGAAAGAGGAGAAACCUUGAGAUUACUGAUUACAUAAAGCAAAUAACUCAUAUAGCAGGUGUUAAUUCAAUCCAGGGUGAAUUUAAUUUACCAGUUGUAUUUAUAAGCCUUAAUAUAAUAUACAUAAGAAAUGAGAGUUUAAUACAACAUUUGAGCCUUAAUUUCAUUUUAAAAAAAAAGAGAGAAGGAAAUCAAACUUUAACUUCAUACUGGCAAGACUAUCAGUGUUCACCAAAUACUGCAGGCUUAGAAAAGCUUUUGUUCUCAGAGUCCUCUCCUUACUGGCCCUGGAACACAGUGAAAAGUGUUUCUCGAAAAUGAAUCAUUUUCCAGUGCAUUUUUAUAACUGCUGGUAAUGGCACUGAAAACACACACACUCGUGAUCCAAGGCGAAGAAGGCUUCCCGGUGACAGCCUUCUCAGGUCCAAAGAGAAGUGUCUCCAGCGCUCUCUCCAGGGACUCCCUGGGAACUCCACAGGACAAGGACAAAACCACUUCUGACUUCACCCUAGAGCUGAGUGCAGCGACCCCAUUUACCAAAGGCAGUGAUCAAAUCCCAAACUGGGUCAUGGAUUUUUUUUUUUUUUAAGUGACAUUUUCAAUGUGAAAAGAAAGCCAGGAGAUGGAAUUUGUGCACUGACAGGAGAUUCCUGGGUCAUUUUGAUGGUUCAUAUGGGAACCAAAGAAAAGAUUUUAAAUAGUGAUCUGUUGUCAUAAAGUAUUGGAUUGUUUACAGUCAAUGGGAUUCUUUGAAGAGUCAGCCUGUUGCUGACAAGAGACAGACUGAGGAACUCUUUGUUAUAUGUUUGGCCUCUCUCAUUUCUGCAAGUGUGUAAAUGUGUCAUUGAACAAAAGGUGCUUUGCAACAGUUGGCUCUUGAGACCUAACUCUCCUCAGUUCAUGUUGACCAUGAACCACUGCUGUGUGAGGUGCUGUCUAUGUGCACCAGUCUGGCCAGCUGAUAAGCCAGAAAUCAGAAAUGUAACUGGAUUUCUCAAGUGCACCAAUGUUUUGGGUGGUAUUAAAAUGCAACCUUUCCAUGGCAGACCAAAUUCCGAAGGUUGUAAUUCUUUUUUCCUUCCUUCUUCUUCCUUUCCCCUUUUUUAAAAAAGAGUCAAAUCUUCUAGUGCCUGAAUUCUAUUGGGGAAUAUGUGCAGGCAUCUAUCUAGCUGUCAAAACUAUGCCAUUUAUGGCUAUUUACCUCUUCUUAUUUAUUUAUAUAUUUGGUGGAAAUUGCUAAUACAGUUUCCUCACAAUUCUGAUUUUCCUGUAUUAUAACUUGGAGAAGAUCUAUUGGCACUAGGGGGUAUCGGUAUAUAAGCUAUUUAACAUACAAGUAACCCAGAUGUUUGGGGCAGUGAGCUAGUUGUAUAGUAUUAAAGAUUUAUGGAGAUAGUUAAAAUAAUAUUUUUGGCCUUCAGGCAUUUAAAAUAAGACUCUGGAUACUCAGGAAUUUUAAUUCAUUUAAAGAAAAAGAUCUAGAACUUCUGUUUUUAUUCUAGAAUAUUUAGAAGUAUUCAAACCCAGUGUUUUCUGUCAGUUCUAUGAAAGCAUGCUGCUUGCGACUUGCAUAUGUUUAAUGUGAUGCUUACCUGUGUGGUGUCUGGAUUGUUUUGAUACAAAAGAAUUUACUGCUACUUAUUUUUGAUUUGUUCUAUUUUCAUCUAAAAGAAAGAUCCUCCUGAGGGGGGCCAAGAAACACCUUCUUUCUGUUAAUAGAUGAGAAAGGCAAUUUGUUCAUUUUCUCUUUCAAAGACCGUGUUCUGGAGUUGAAGGCUGAGUCUUACGUGGCCAGGUUGAAACACACGCUCAUACCUAAGAGCCUUUUACUUACGCCGGCUUUUUACCAGCACGUAAAACCAUUUCAAUGGACAUUUCCAAAAUGACACAAAUAUUGUAGCUGUUGAAUUAUUUUGAACAAUUCCAUUCCUAUUCACAAUAAAGAAUGUUCUAAGACCGUCAAA